GCGAAGUGCGGCAUGCGAGUUGGUUGCUUUACCGUAUUCCCAAUAAUAGUACAAUAUUUGUAUUAAUAAUAAAGGUGUUUUUUUUCGUCACGAAGCUUUAAAGUGAAAUCUUUGGUGAGAAGUUUCGAGUAACAAAUCAGGAUGGUGUCGGAUGUAGCAAGUUUCUUCAAUGGUAAAACUAUUUUUAUGACCGGCGGUUCUGGUUUCGUCGGAAUAUGCCUGAUCGAAAAACUAUUGCGGUCUUGCCCCGAUUUAAAGAAUAUUUAUGUAUUAUUACGACCGAAAAAGGGGAAGCAGAUAGAGGAGCGGCUGGAAGAACUUAAAACUAAUUCGGUAUUUAAUAAAAUGAAAGAAGAAAACAAAUCAGAUCUGUUGAAGAAAUUAAUACCUGUUGCUGGUGAUGUGGGAGAAGAUAAUCUGGGAUUGUCGCCUGCAGACAAGUUGACCUUGAUCGAUACAGUUCAAGUUGUUUUUCAUUCUGCAGCAUCAUUGGAUUUUGAAGCAGAUUUAAAAAUUGCUGCUAAUAUCAAUUUAUUGGGUACACGUAGAGUUGCUAAGCUUUGUCAAAAAAUAAAAAACCUCAAGGCAAUGGUACACGUUUCUAGUGCCUAUGUCAGUGCUUACAUGAUAGAAGUAGAGGAACGCAUAUAUCCUGCUCCAUGUGAUGUGGAGAAUUUGCUCACACUAGUGAAUAAAUUAGAUGGCGCUGCUUUAAAUAUAGAAGGAGAAAAACUAAUGAAUAACCAUCCAAAUUUUUAUACAUUUACAAAACAUUUGGCUGAACAUGAAAUUAAACAUGCAUCCAUUCCAGCUGCUAUUGUGCGUCCUUCAAUGAUAACAGGAGCAUGGAAAGAACCACUCCCUGGAUGGACAGUAUCAAAAAAUGGUCCACACGGAUUUUUGAUGGGUGCUAGCAAAGGUGUCAUACGAAGGUUGCCAAUAGAAAAAAAUUUAAUUUCUGAUUAUAUUCCAGUAGAUAUUGUUGUAAACUGUCUUAUUACUGCAGCCUAUGUAGUCAACAGAGAUGGUGCAACAGAGCCAAAAGUAUUUCAUUGUACAUCCAGUACAACUAACCCUUUCAAAUGGUUACAAGUGGAGUCAAAACUUAAUAGUUAUUUACAUAGAUUUCCAUUACGAAAUGCAGUGUGGUAUCCAUAUUUGAAAAUGAUGCCUUCGAUAUUUAUGUUCAGACUCUCAGCAUUCUUCGUACAUUUCAUCCCUGGGUACAUUUUGGAUGGAAUUACUAAGUUAGCAGGAGGAAGACCAAUAUUAAUAAAACUGCACACGAAUGUCAACAACUCUCUGGAUCGUUUGAGACCAUUUAUCUUUACCGAAUGGAAGUUUCACAGUCCUCGUUUGACUGAGUUACAUAAAUCUCUGUCAGAGGAUGAUAAACAGAUAUUCGAUCUAGAUAUUAAGCCAUUAGACUGGGAAGAAUAUUUUGUAAACUUAACACAAGGAGUCAGAACAUAUCUAAGCAAUGAAUCUCCAAAAACGUUACAAAAAGCACGUUCCAAAGAUAAAAUGUUAAAGUAUGCACAUAUAGGCUUACAAGCUACACUGUUGGGACUUAUUGGGUGGUUGGUGAAAUCUCUGUUUGCCACUACUUGGGCCACGACGGGUCUCGUUGUCCUACUUACUUACUUCAUUUUCGACCAACUGUAAAAGUUAUGAACAGAACAUACUAAUCUGAAGGCAUGGAACAUACUGGAAGAGAUUUCCAUUUCUGAACACGCGUGAAACGUCCAGCAUAUAUUUAUAUUAAUAUGGAAUGAAAUGAAAUGAAUGCACUGCGGGUGGGAUGAAAUUUAUACAUUUUCAUACAUUUUCAUCAAGUACCGUUAUAUUCUAAUGGUGUUGGGACGUAAAAUGAUUAAAGUAUUAUGCUAGAACACUUACUAUUCUAAAUCAUUUUAAUACCUAACUAUUCUUUGUACCAGAAACAUAUAAAUACAACAUGUAUAUAG